AUGUGUAUUUUUACAAUGUGUUUUAUAGGUCAAUUUCCUUAAAUACUGCCAAAGGAAAGAGGAUGGAACCAGAAAAUACUGCUAAGGAAACAGUCCUCAUUACUGGAGGAGGUGGUUAUUUUGGCUUCCGUUUAGGUUGUGCCAUGUACCAAAAGGGAGUUGAUGUGAUUCUCUUUGAUGUCAUGAAGCCACUUCAAACCGUGCCAGAAGGAAUAAAGUUCAGGCAAGGGGAUGUCUGUUGCCUGUCUGAAGUGGAAGAGGCUCUUAAAGACAUAAUCUGCGUAUUCCAUAUCGCUUCUUAUGGAAUGUCUGGCAGGGAGCAGCUGAACCGAAAACUUAUAGAAGAUGUCAAUGUGAAAGGAACAGAAAAUGUCAUCCAAGCCUGCAAGAGCACAGGAGUGUCAAGUCUGGUUUAUACAAGUACAUAUAACGUGAUAUUUGGAGGCCAGAUUAUAGAAAAUGGGGACGAAUCUCUGCCUUAUCUACCUCUUCACCUUCAUCCAGAUCACUACUCCAGGACCAAAUCUUUAGCUGAAAUGAAGGUGCUGGAGGCAAAUGGUGCUGAGCUUGGAAAUGGGAAAGGUGUUUUAAGGACUUGUGCUCUCCGACCAGCAGGCAUCUAUGGGCCUGGAGAACAAAGACAUCUUCCAAGAAUAGUUAGUUACAUUGAAAGGGGACUGUUUAAGUUUGUAUAUGGAGAUCCUCUUAGUUUAGUAGAAUUUGUACACGUAGACAAUCUAGUUCAGGCUCAUAUCCUUGCUUCUGAGGCCCUCAAAGCCAACAACAAGCACAUAGCUGCAGGCCAAGCCUAUUUUAUUUCAGAUGGCAGGCCUGUAAAUAACUUUGAAUUUUUCCGACCAUUAGUGGAAGGUUUGGGUUACAAGUUCCCAACCUGUCGUCUUCCUCUCUCCCUUGUCUAUUUUUUUGCAUUCCUUACUGAAAUAGUUCAUUUUGUUGUAGGUCAUGUUUAUAAUUUUCAGCCUCUCCUCACUCGCACAGAGGUUUACAAAACUGGUGUCACGCACUAUUUUAGCAUGGAGAAGGCCAGAAAGGAGCUGGGGUAUGAGCCUCAGCAAUAUAGCCUGAAUGAGGUGGUUGAGUGGUUUAAAUCUCAGGGAUGCGGGGCAAAGCCGAGAAAGUACACCAUUAUGCAUCUUGUGAGGGAUGGAGCAUUGCUCUUGCUGCUGAUUGCUGUGAUGGUCUCAUGGUUUCCAUCUGCAGUUACAUUGUCACUCUGAAAGAUGAAACGCUGAGUACGGAGGACAGAAUUUAGUUAUGUUCUCUGAGCACUCUUGCUUUUGACAGGUAA